AUGCUUGGUGACAACGCAUGGGGCGUGGACCCCACUGCUGGGGCUGGCGGGGCGUGGGCGAAUGAGGUCGAGGAGGCGGAGACCCGCGGGGAGACCCUCGGGCCGGCCAAGGCCGCGGCUUUCCCCACUCUGGCUGCUGCCAAGCACCAGGACGCCUUCCCCGCGCUGGGCGCCGCGCCCGCGCAGGGGGGCAAGGGCAAGGGCAAGGGCAAGGGCAAGGCCGUCCAGAAGAUGAGCCUCGGGGACCUGCUGACCAAGCAGCACGCCAACACCUACAGCGCGCCCGGCCGGUCCGCUACCAUUGGGCCGGCCGGCGCCCUCCCCUCCGCGCCGCUCGGCGCCGACGCCGCGGACAUGCCGCGCGGACCGGGCGGCCCGCGCCUCGGAGGCGGCUUCGACGACGCCCGCUACGCCGGGCGGGGCGGGUUUGGCGACCGGGAGGGCCGGCGCGGCGGGAGCGGGCGGGAGGAGGAGGACAUGGGCCCGUCGCGGGCGGACAUGGCGGACGACUGGGGCAAGGACAGGGAGUUCCAGCCGACGGGCGGCCGCGGGGGCGGCUUCGGCGGCGGCCGCGGGGGCGGCUUUGGCGGCAGCCGCGGCGGGUUCGGGGAGGAGCGCCCGGGGCGCGGGUUCGGGUUCGGCGACGCGCCGCCGCGCGGGGACUCACGGGAGCGCAUGGCGCCGCGUGCGGACGAGGUGGACGACUGGGGGAAGACGCGCGAGUUCAAGCCGACUGGCCGCGCGCCCCCCCCUGCCGGCGACCGCGGGUGGGGCCGCGGGUCGGACCGCGAGGCGGGCGCGUGGGGCGCCGGGGGCGGCUUCGAGCCGCGCGACGACGACCGCGGGCCGCCCGAGCCGUCGCGCGCGGACCAGGAGGAGGUGUGGGGCCACUCGGACUUCAAGGGCGCCGACGGGCGCGACCGUGCGCCGGGGCCCCGCCGCGACGGGCCGGCCCCGCGCACGGACCGCGCGGACGAGGCCGACGUGUGGCGCCGCGACCCCGACCCCGCGCCGGCGCCGGCCGCGGCGCCGUCGGGCGGGCGCCGGAAGCUCAACCUGGCGCCGCGCACCAAGCCGAUCGAGCCCGUGGCGGCGCCCGCGGAGCCGAAGCUCCCGCCCGCGCCGCCGGCCGCGGUGGCCGCGGAGGACGCGGAGGCCGGGGCGCGCGCGGAGACGGAGGAGGAGCGGCAGCUCAAGGCGGAGAUUGAGGACAAGAAGGUGAUGGUGGCGGCGGGCGAGGCGAGCGAGGGGGACGUGAAGGACCUGGAGGUGAAGCUGCGCGCGCUGUCGGUGCGGCUGGACGUGGCGUUCGAGAAGGAGCAGCGGGAGCGCGCCGCGCAGGUCGCGGCGGCGAAGAAGGCCGAGCCCGAGGCGGAGGCGCCCGCGGAGCAGAACGGCGGCGCGGACGGGGGGUGGUCGGAGGUGGCGGCGCCGGCGAAGCAGCGCGGACCGAAGAAGGGUAAGGAGGCCGCGCCGGCCGCCGCGGCCCCGGCUGCGGCUCCCGCGGCGGGCGGGCGCGGGCGCGGCGGCCGCGGCGGCCGCGAGGGCGGCGGGGGGCGGCGGCCGGGCCCUGGGGAGCAGGUGGCGGCGGACCCUGGCAGGUGGUAG